CGUGGCGUCACUGCAAUUUGAUCAAUUUGAUCAACGUUUUAUCUAGCCACUGGAUCAGUUCCGUUGAUUCGGUGGGAGAGCAACAAUGCCUCCUCAGUCUCAAAGCGCACUUUCUCCUGUCAGAAGAGCCGGGGGCACGCAAAGGCUGCCACCGUCGGGAGCGAGGGCGUCUUCUGGUCGGUAUGGUAAACGCGACGUCCGUUCGCAGGGAGAGCUUCGGAUGGCCUACAAGGCCCAAUCUAGAAAUAUUGRUAGUCCCAGCCAAAACAAGAACAUCAAAACAAUUGACGGCGAUGCCCUUCCAUACAAUAAUGGCUUCUUCGAUAGCAGCAACGAUCACCUCAGCACCGACAGCGCUGGAAAUUCGGUCGGUACUCCCAGCAGCGUGUAUAUGCCCUCGUCGGUUGCCUUGUCCAGAGACAUGUCGGACCUAAGUGGAGUAAGUGGCGACCGGCAUAGGAGCUCAUCAUCUCACACCAUUCCGGGACAAAUCUUCGAUUCAAGGUUCCUGADCAAGCCAUGGAAACAGGCAUACACUUUGUCGAACAGUCCACCGGAAUGUGUCAACGUUGGAACKAGGACAACAUCAUCCAAUGCAACGGGCAAAAAUAGGGGCAGAAGUGAUGGAAAUGACAAAAGUGAAGGAAACAAAAAUGUAAAAGGAACGAGCAUCUGGGUACCACAGAACGAUGUAGUUGAAAUAUUUGACAGUCUUGAAUCUUCGUUAGGACUCGAUCGAUUUCAAUCCAUGGGAGGGAAGCACAGUCGCAUACCGAUUAUGGUGCUCUUGAUGAAUCCUCCCAAUCAGAGUUAUGAGUUGAUGCAAAUAUGGGUGGAUCGAGCAAACGAUUCGAUUCGCGAUUUGGUCCACGUAUUGCAGCACAAACUUCCUUCUCAGUGGAAACAAGCGUACGAUGGUCUCUUUCAAGUUCGGGGUCACCGAUUUACGCAACUGAUAAACAUCAUUCGGUUGGUCAAAUACGACAUACAGUCACAUGAGAUACUAGUAGCCAAGCCUUGGGCCAUGACGGCAAAAGUCACGUGAGUAGUGUAACAGUGCACAACAAAAGUGUGUGAYGCUAGCUACUUAUUGACGAAUGCAAAAACCCUGAAUUUUUUGGUUCCUGAUAUUUUGUCGUUCAUUCUUUUCCUUUCCCUUUUUCGUUAACAAUCCAUUUUAAUGUGUUUGAAAUGGAUUUAAAUGUUGCUCUUGCAGUAUCGCCUUUGCUGGUAGUGCGAUUAGGCACUUGACCCGGGUAGGAGUGAUUGCGGUCGACAAUAAUGAUUCUGGUAGUAUCAGGAGCGGUCGUUACCUAAGAACGCAACACAAAAACGAAGAUGYCCCACUGUUGUUGAGCAAACGUGCACGGGACCGAGCUUACUUUCCGGAGGGCAUCCUUAACCAUCAUCACGCUUUGCAAUUCGUUACAUUUUCUCCAUCUUUUGAACCAACCCAUAACAAUAAUGAGGCAGCUACUACGAGAAGAAAAGCAGCYAGGAACGCUUCCGCACCWAAUCUCUCCACGUCCCAUGACAUUAGUAUCAUUUCGGAMACUUUUGAUGAUCCUUCUUCGUYGUUGUUGGRUUCGGGUAGCUUUGGUCAACAAAGUGAUUCUAGACUGAUCAACUCUCUCAUAGGUGGCAUGUCUCKCCGACAAAAAUCAUCCGGAUCGUUUUCAAAACGGGGCGGCAUCCGCAACAAUACAACAACAUCAGCUAAAGUUGCAUCAUAUAGAAAUUUAAAGGCAUCUGCAGCAUUACGACAGACACAACAACAAGUAAAUGUCCAUGUCCCUGAUGCUGAUGAUGGCAGUGACGAAAGUGGCAGCGAUGACGACGAUACGAAUUGUGAAAAGAGAUUGUGGAAAUUGAACUGUUUCCGGAAACCUAGUAAGGUUACAAAGCGAAAUAGCAUCAGAACACUAACGCACGAAACAUUCCCAAUGUUAACGUCGGAGGAGGAGGAAAAGCGGUGGCUUGCUUACGGUAUGAAACCUAUUGYCGAGGCUCGAUCCUUGGCCAGCGGUUCUAUCAUCUCGAUGUCGGAACCUCUCUUGCUACCAGAGAAAAAGGACAACAGCAUGAGAAGCAGGCAGCCGUUUCGUCCCACUUAGAAUUCGAUUAAUGUUCCAACAAAGUUAAAAAAAUUGUGCGUCGCAGUUUGGUAUAUAUAUCCUACUGCGGGGUGGUAUGAGUAGUGAGAUAAGUUUCUUUGCACUCUUCUUCGACSUAGUCAAUCAAUUUGUGAAUACCAUCACACUUACUUACCCAUGGUUUGCAGAAACCCCUUUCGUCAAACACUUCAUGGUGAAUUACUAGAAUUUUACAAUACUARCUGUUGGUUACGAGUUCCUUGUCAGUGACCUCGACAACGUACAAAAGAGAAUGAAUUGUGAUGCUGCGAAAAAAGAUACUGGUACUAUUACUUGUGACGACGAAGAGAACGCCCCAAACGAUUGCGCAAAAAAGCUGGAUGGCAGGAUUGAACUACCGACCUUUUGAUUACAAGUCAAAUGCUCUACCACUGAGCUAAACCAGCUGGGUGCAAGCAAGAACACUUUUUCUACAUACAAAACCUUUUUUUACACGAAGCUAAAUGUAGUACUGGUCGGCGAUUCUCGGUGUACGAUUGGAAUGAUUGGAAGCUGGAAGCGAAGUGGUUCCGUCUUCCGUCCGUCGUGAUGGUACGUACUCGUACCCAAGUAUGGCACAAUACGUUCGUACUGUACACACGAUAUUUGUUACCAGGUCUGACGCCAACGGCUUCGAAAAUGCUAUCAGCUGCCACAGGUAUUUUGGAAGACGAAUUUCGGUUYAGUUUGUAGUAAAUCACAGCGCAAUAUUUUAUGGCKUGUACCGAAUGUUACCGAAGCUGUCAYCAAACUGCCCGCCUAUGAGAUAAUCAUGAARCGAAAGACGCCAUCAGCAAAUGAAGAGGAUGAACACGAUGGGAAAAUGUUGGAAGAGGAAGACUUGUAUGUCGAAGAACCARUAAAGCCCGAAUAUCUGGAAUUGCCAGACGAGCUAAAGAACAUCGAUUUUCAAGCUGAUGGCGCUGCCGCAUGGGACAAGUAUGCGCCCUACAACCCAACCCGUCAGCUUCCGAUUACUCCCUUGGGAGAAAAACCUAUUUUCAGCGAGGAGAGCCCUGCUCUUUGUUUCCACAUCCAUGGAAUAGACGGACGGGCCCGYGCCGCCACGAUWCACUUUCCAAAUGGGGGACCUCCAGUUCCCACGCCCCGGUUCAUGCCGGUCGGGACAAAGGGAACUCUCAAGGGCGUUCUUCCAGACGAGAUAGCUGCGAUGAACUGYCCAAUCAUUUUGGCKAAUACAUACCAUUUGGAAAUUCAGCCGGGAACAGAAUUGAUAGAUAGUGUAUUCAAUGGCCUGCAUAAUUUUAUGGGAGGGAUGAUGCCGUCGCCGGAUCCAUUAGGAAAACAAAGCGACGACAUGCAUACCAUGGGCAAACCCAAUCGAAGACUUUAUAACUUGCUCACUGAUUCUGGUGGCUUUCAGAUGGUAUCUCUGGCGUCUUUAUCGGUAGUCACGGAAAAAGGUGUCGUCUUCAAGUCUCCGUACACUGGAAAACCAAUGAUGCUGCGACCCGAAGAUUCGAUUCGCUGCCAGAAUAACAUUGGUGCCGAUAUUAUUAUGCAAUUAGACGAUGUGAUAUCAUCCGUGUCUACUGAUGAUGGCCGAUUUAAAAUCGCUACCCUUCGGACGUUACGAUGGUGGGAUCGAUGCAUGCAAGCUCAUCGAGCUCCAGAGCGACAGAAUCUUUUCCCCAUUAUGCAGGGACACCUCGAUGUCUCCAAGGGUGGAUUGCGCGAAUUAUGCUUGGCAGGUUUCAAGUAUCGAGAUCAAUUGAGGAACAUUUCAAGCGAUGAUGGUGAAACCAAAUUACGAGAAGCAGAGCAAAAAGAGGAACAACAGCAAGAUCAUGGACAAGACGCUACAGUACACAGAAAGAGGAUUCCCGGUUUUGCCAUUGGCGGAUUGGCCGGUGGCGAGUCGAAGGAGGACUUUUGGAGAGUCGUUGAACAUGCGUGCAGGCAUUUGCCCGAUGAUCGUCCUAGGUAUCUCAUGGGUGUGGGGUAUCCCCUUGAUCUAGUGAUUUGUACAGCACUCGGAGUUGAUAUGUACGACUGCGUAUAUCCAACAAGAACAGCGCGUUUUGGCGUCGCAUUGGUAGACAGAGGUCAGAUGAAACUCAAGCGGCACGAAUUCGCUCCGGGAAAUUCGAUUUAUAAUAGCAACAUYCCGAUCGAYGCAAAUUGUCCCUGUCAAGCAUGCUCUCGGGGGAUAUCUCGGGGACGAUUGCAUGCAUUGCUCAAAGCCGGCAAUCCCAUUGCGGUUCAGUUGAUAACACAACACAAUGUGACGUAYAUGAUGGGUCUAGUGACYCGCAUGAGGAAAGCCAUAUUGGARAAGAAAUUCCCAAUUUUUGUAAGAAAAUUCAUCAUGAAGCACUUUUCGGGUGAAGGCCAAAAGGUGCCUGAAUGGGUCAAUGAUGCUUUGACCGCAGCAGGUAUAUCAUUGGAGGUUCACUAAUUUUAACUUYAAGAGUCACCGAUUGACAGCCUUGGAAUAUGAAAACAUUAAACUGAAUAUUUAAUC